UUGCAUCAACAGGGGAUGACAGCAACAGUUCACGCAUUUCAAGGUUUCUGCUGCGUCAAUCUCCAAAUUGCAUUUCUUGAAGCGGUCCCAUCUCCACAACCAUAAAACAGAUUCGAUGCUUCCGUCUUACUAAUAUUUAUUUAUUUAUACUCUAAUAAAAUCAUUUGCCUUGCCCCAACUGUCCUGCGAGAUACACGCAGUUUCUACUAAUUUGAAAAGGAAAAGAACCGAAUGGCGUUUCAAAACGCGAUCACCUGCCGGCUAAUGCAGAAGCGGCUGAUCGGAGCGAGAUCAAUGUCUUCGUGGUGGCGAAGCGUUGAGCCCGCCGCUAAAGACCCGAUUCUGGGCGUAACCGAAGCUUUCCUUGCCGAUCCCAGUCCCGACAAAGUCAACGUUGGAGUUGGUGCUUACAGGGACGACAACGGGAAACCAGUAGUUCUGGAAUGCGUUAGAGAAGCGGAGCGGAGGAUUGCUGGCCACUUAAACAUGGAGUAUCUUCCAAUGGGAGGAAGUAUGAAGAUGGUGGAAGAAACAUUGAAGCUCGCCUAUGGAGAGAAUUCUGGGUACAUUAAAGAUAAAAGGAUAGCAGCAGUGCAGUCCCUUUCUGGUACUGGUGCAUGCCGACUUUUUGCAGAUUUUCAGAAGCGUUUUCGUCCUGAUUCUCAAAUCUAUAUACCAGUCCCAACAUGGGCUAAUCACCAUAAUAUCUGGAGAGAUGCCCAGGUCCCUCAAAAGACCUAUCAUUACUAUCAUCCAGAGUCCAGGGGCUUAAAUUUUGCAGCAUUGAUGGAUGACAUUAAGAAUGCUCCCAAUGGCUCAUUCUUUCUACUUCAUGCAUGUGCUCAUAAUCCUACCGGUGUUGAUCCGUCGGAGGAACAAUGGAGAGAAAUAUCUCACUUGUUUAAGGUUAAAAAUCAUUUUGCCUUCUUUGAUAUGGCAUAUCAAGGCUUUGCUAGUGGUGAUCCAGAGAGAGAUGCAAAGUCUAUCAGGAUUUUUCUUGAUGAUGGUCAUCAUAUUGGUAUUGCCCAAUCAUAUGCAAAAAAUAUGGGGCUCUAUGGCCAGAGAGUAGGAUGCCUAAGUGUGGUUUGUGAAGAUGAAAAACAAGCUGUGGCUGUAAAAAGUCAGCUACAGCAACUAGCAAGACCCAUGUAUAGCAAUCCACCUGUUCAUGGUGCACUUAUAGUUUCAACCAUCUUAGGAGAUCCAGACUUGAAGAAAUUAUGGCUUAAGGAAGUGAAGACAAUGGCUGAUCGUAUCAUUGGCAUGCGAAUGGCUCUACGAGAAAACCUUGAAAAGUUGGGGUCACCUUUGUCAUGGAAGCACAUCACCAAUCAGAUCGGCAUGUUUUGCUAUAGUGGUAUGACACCCGAACAAGUUGAUCGUUUGACAAAAGAAUUUCAUAUUUAUAUGACCCGUAAUGGUCGAAUCAGUAUGGCUGGCAUUACUACGGGGAAUGUGGGAUAUUUGGCGAACGCUAUCCAUAAGGUCACAAAAUCUGCUUAGACUCAUUUGCAGGGUAUACAUUAUAAGGCUUUAGGUCAUAGGUCAUAGGGAGACACAAUAUGAUUUUUUCCCUCCUCUUUAAUGGCCGAGGAAAGGGCAAUAAGGUGGUCUUUUUUUUUAUGUUCAUAAUUUCCGAUUCCACCAUUUCCUUGAAGUGCUUUACAAUUUUUGGGCAGUUGAGGGAUGCGGUGUCGAUUGGAGUCAUACUCAGGCUUGUCUGUCUUUCGAUAAAUAAGUUGGCUGAACAAUUUUGUUACUAUCUCAUGAGGAAACAAUCUCUCCUUUCGUUUUCUUUGUCCUGAAGCAAAAUGAUUGUGACAGUUUAAUGAAUAAGUUACGUGUUUUACCUAAACUUUUACAGUUUGACAUUGGACAGCUUGGAACUCAAAUUUGGGUUUGUAAAUGUUAGAAUGGGUAUACAUUUUGGUGAAGAAGUAGGGUUUUACAUGUGAAUAGGUUAGAGAGGCAAGAGAAAACAAAAGGGGUUGUUUUGAGGCUGUUUGUUGAGAAAUCAAAGGACUAUGCCCUCUUCAUUUGUGGGAGAAAUAGUAGACUUCAGAACAUUUUCACAUGGAGUUUUUAUGGAAAAUGCGUUUAAAUUUGUUUGUUUCUUUCCUAUAUCUUCUAAGAAAUACGAUUUUCCAAUUUUAUAAAGGAAUGUUCUAUUUUUUA